AUGACCUUAUGGACCCCGGAAACAGCGGGUAACCCGCCAAACUGCCUCCACGCUACUGCAAAGACCUUCGAACUUCCGUGGACGGAAAACUCUGUCCGGUGCAAAGAAAAUUCGAGCGCACGACGUUCGAAUUCUGUCAUCUGUCAACAUUCGGCCUCAGCAUUUCGAUAG